UGUGUGUGUGUGUGUGUGUGUGUGUGUGAGAAACGAAAGAAACCUGUAUGAGGAACAGGAAGGAGGGGGGACAAAGUAGACUGGAGAGAAAGAGAGGGGAGGUAGUCCAGGUGUAGGAGGACAAUCAAUCUGCUGGGGACCAUUGGUUCUGGGUUUGAAGUGGGAUUCUUGAUUUGCUUGAUGUCUCGUGCAUCUUCUUUCUCUUCCUGACCUCCUGCACACAUCUGCAUCUAGCCUGUGUGUGUGUGUGUGUGUGUGUGUGUGUGUGUGUGUGUGUGUGUGUGUGUGUGUGUGUGUGUGUGUGUGUGUGUGUGUUAGCUCUCUGCUGUACCUCCCAAGCCGUGACCCACCUGCUGCUGUUGUCGUAGGCAUUGCUUUUCAGUUUUGGGAGCCUCUCGUGACUCUCUGUGAUGUAUUCCGGCCGUCACACGUGGCUCUGCUUAAUGCUUGACCUUGUGCUCACUCGCCCUCAUCCUCCUCCAUUUAAUAACAGAACAGCAGCUCGUCUCUGACUGUGGUCCUCUCCUCUCCUCCUGAUUGACAGGUUCAUCUCUGCCAUCUAGUUUGUCUGUUCUUGGUGGCCAAAACAAAACAUUUAACGAAACAAGGAAAUGUAAUAACCAUUGUUUGGUAGCUGUUUUUAGUGUUAUGUUUUUGGAGCGUUACAAGUAUUUUUUAACAUGUUACAAUAAAAGAUUGUAGUGUACAAAUUCACAUUUAUAAAAAAACAUAUAUAUAUCUAUAUAUGAGAAAUGUAUGUUCUAAUGCAAUAAAGAGAGAUUAAGAAUUAUCGCUAAGACUCUUCUUCCUUAGUAAAAGUGUCCGUACUUUGUGUCUUUUUGGUUUCAGAAGCGUUAGCGUUCAGUUGAAUUCAGUUGUUUUUUUACCACAGUGAUGUGUCAUCAGUUGUAGUUAUGAGCCCAAAAACAUACUUUAUUCAAUGACAAGCCCCAGUUGGCUUUAAACUCUGCAUGGUAGUAUGUGGUAAAUGUGUCUUAUACUGUAAUAUAUAAUACUUGUUUUAACUACAUACUAUACUAUGACACUUAUUAGACUCUUUAGUAUAGUACUAGUACUAUAGUAAUAUAGCACUAGUAUAGUAAUUAUGGGGCUGUCUUAGGUUAUUUCCUGUCAUAGUCAGAACCAGAGAAGUGUUUAUGUCCAGGCACAACACUAACAGGAUUCUGUCGUGGUAUCAGGUGUAAAUGCACUAAAAUGUCAAGAUAUAAAGUCAGAAUAAACAUCCAGUAUAAUUCACAUAUUAGGAUAAAAGAGCUACAGAUAGAACAAAGGAAAAGUAGGUGUACAAACAAAAGCAGUUCAGCUGUCUGUAGGCUGGAGCGAGUCACAGGGGCCGGGGGGGGGGGGGGGGGGUCUGUCCUGGAGUCUACCUCCAUCUCUACUGUCUAGUAGAGAUAGUGUUGAGCUCCAGGUUGUUGAAGGUUGCUACACCGACAGUCCGUCCGUCUCCUGGAGGUCAACUCGUCUCCACCAGAGAUGAGGCGUCGUCUGCAGGUGGAGUUUGACUGAUGGUGUCCAGAUGUGCAGCUGUUGGUUCACAGGCUUAAAAACAGAAAAGCUGCAGCAUCGGAGGAUCCAAUGCAGAGGGUCCUGGGGUCAGAGACAAGCUUCAGACUGUCUGUCUGUCUGUCUGUCUGUCUGUCUGUCUGUCUGUCUGUCUGUCUGUCUGUCUGUCUGUCUGUCUGUCAUCGUACAGUAUAUCAUGGCAUAGAGAUGUGGAGUCAUGUAACAUGAUCACAGGACAAAGCGUCACGUGAGAUAGAAACUUAUAGUUGGAGUAAAAUAUGAAACUGUGUUUUUGUUAGUUAAGCUUAAACUCCAUUGAUCAAACUUAUUUCCUUCUGUGUAUGAAACACAAACUUUGACUGUCAUGUUUUACAUAUUUGCGCCUGGCUGAGUUUUCCUUCUCGUCCCUAAACAAAUGCAAAGCCAAGUCCAGGUGUUCAUGAACCUUGUCCUUUACGAUGUUUGGACUCUGCAUGCAGACGAGCCAACAUCAGACUCUAACGCUUCAAGGUAAAUGUUGGAACGCGACUAUAUUCUUCUAUUCAUUGUCUCAAGGAAAUGCAAACAAAAGGAGUACGCAGGUUAAAAUAUUUACUAUGUCUAUACUGUCAAGGCUGAAAUGCUGUGUAUUGUGAACAUGUGUUUAUUCUGAUCAAAUCUGUCCCAGCAACGUCGAGUUAAUCACCUUUAAGCUAUUUAAUGACUCAUUUAAUUGACUCAUUUAAUAAUUCAUUGCAUUUUGAAGCUGAAUCUGUUCCUCACUCAGUUCCAGGUUCAUCCUCAGAGACACUGAACGUGCUGCUCUCACUGGUUCUUUCUAAGUUUUUACUCUAGUCCAGGAUGGAGAAGUCCAACGUCACCGCCGGCUGCUCCACUUGUAGCAGCGUAGACGGCCUGUUUGUGGUGACUCUCGCCAUCAUUGCUCUCUGCCUUCCUUUGACCUUGCUGGCUGCCUACUCCCUGUUUACGCUGGUCCAGAAGGAUCAAGUUGUUCCCGUCUACAUCAUCAACGUCCUCCUUUCUGACCUGAUUCAGCUCUGCUGCAUGGUGGUUGAAGUGUCGCUUCAGCCGCUCAACUCCGACCUCUUCUUCUUCGUCUACUACUUCGGUGUGGUGGCCGGCGUGGGCUUCAUGGUGUGCGUGGCUCUGGAGAGGUACCUGGUGGUGGCCUGGCCGCUGUGGUACCGCUUCAGACGAACGCUGGGCGUCUCGCUGGCGGUCUCUGCCGUGGUCUGGACUCUUCCUCUGCUCUACAUCCUCCCUGUGCAUUUCCAGGCGGACUUUGUCGUCAGUGAAACCAUUCUGGCCGUGGUCUUCCUGCUGCCCUACCCGCUGCUCCUGUUCUUCCUCGGCGGGACCCUCAGAGCCUUGUACACCUCCAUCAGCGUCCCUGCUGCUGAAAAGCGGAGGAUUGUGGCGGUUCUGGUUCUGGUGGUGCUCAUUUACACGCUGAUUUUCCUGCCCAGUGCCAUUUGGUCGCUGGCAGAAGAUGCCAGGAGUAACAACACCUUCAGCGAUUUGUCCUUCACUAUAAUCAAGUUCAGUCCUCUAGCCGACUUGUUCCUGUAUGUUUUCCUAAAGCAGGGAGGACUCGGGGACAAGCUUCUGGCCUUUGUCUGUUGCACAAUGGAAAGAAAUGACAUCAGUAGAUCAGCAUGAAAGGAAAUAAGACAUAAGUUACAAUUCAACUGUUAACAUGACUGAGUUUGAGUAGAUGGUUCUACUGUAAUAAACAUCAGUGUUUGUC